CACUUCCUGAUGCCGAUGCCCAGCUGUUGGCAAAUGACCCGCGUCUCCAGCAUCCGAUAACAUCGUCUCUACACACAAGACAGCCCUCGCUGUUUCUCAACAUACCUGCUCAAAACACGCUGUUUGCGAACACGACGGCCAUGCACGAAGUAGAAUAACUAAAAUAGGCUUAGAUCACUCAGUGGAUGAGAGUGAAUCCUUUCAAAUUGGAUUUUUGGGGGUCCUUAAGGUCGUGUUGCAGUGCCGCAACGUAAGCUCUGCAUUGACCGGCGCUUGCAUCUCAACAGCGGGGACAAAGACAGUGGCAUUUUUUCAUUGACAGCAGUUGCACUUUCACACUGGCAUUGUUGAAGGUACUGGGAGACCAAGUAUUACUAAAGAACCGCAGCUUGGGAUGGCCUUCACCAACACUGCCAUGCAUUAGCCAUGUGAAAGAUCUGGAAAAACAGAAUGGGGAUGGCUGAGAGGUCGUGUGUGGUUGUGAGCAGCUGAGGUCGGCUGUGAUCUGGGUUUUCUCUUCUGACUGAGAGCAUGUACAGGAGGAAUGGACUCCCUGCCAGCGUCAGCAUCACCUCCCGCCACACACAGGACAGCAGUAGUUCAGAGUCCCUGGAUGGACGGAGUUUGGACUCUGCCAAGAGCUUUGAUGCGGUGGUGUUUGACAUGCUCAAAGUGACACCUGAGGAGUUUGCUAGUCAGAUCACUUUGAUGGAUGCUCCUGUAUUCAAAGCGAUACAACCUGAGGAGCUGGCAAGCUGUGGAUGGAACAAGAAGGAGAAGCAUAGCCUUUCACCCAAUGUUGUGGCCUUCACACGGAGAUUUAACCAGGUCAGUUUCUGGGCAGUGAGGGAGAUACUGACGGCUCAAACACUGAAAAUCCGAGCAGUGAUAUUGGGCCAUUUCAUCAAAAUUGCCAAGAAACUCCUGGAGCUGAAUAACCUGCACUCUCUGGUGUCAGUGGUCUCUGCACUUCAGAGCGCACCCAUCUUCAGACUGAGCAAGACCUGGGCGCUGAUCAGUCGAAAGGACAAGGCCACAUUUGAGAAGCUUGACUUCCUGACGUCAAAGGAAGAGAAUUACAACCGCAUGAGAGAGUACAUCAGAUCCCUCAAAAUGGCCCCCUGCAUCCCCUACCUAGGUAUUUACCUGUUUGAUAUGACCUACAUUGACUCCGCCUACCCUGCUUCUGAUAGCAUCAUCGAGACAGAGCAAAGAACCAAUCAGAUGAACAAUCUACUGCGCAUCAUCUCUGAUCUACAGGUGUCCUGUAACUAUGAUCAUUUGGUCAUGUUACCACACGUGCAGAAGUAUUUGAUGUCAGUGCGCUACAUCGAGGAGCUCCAAAAGUUUGUGGAGGAUGACAAUUACACACUAUCAUUGAAGAUUGAACCUGGGAACAGCUCACCUCGUCUGGUAUCUUCCAAAGAAGACCUUGGAGGACCCUCAGAAGAGUCUGUCUCAGUGCGGUAUAACCGACGACCAACCUGUCCUGAUACAUCAGUGGUUGCCCACCUUCCAACACCACCUCCUGCCCGACACAGGAAGAGCCACAGUCUGGGGAAUAAUAUGAUGUGCCAGUAUGGUGUGGUGGAGAGUAAAAGUGCAACAUUCCCUGCAAAAGAAAAGGCUCGACACCUACUGGACGACAGCUUCUUAGAGUCGCACAGUCCUGUCAGAAACCACACACAUGAUUCAGUAUUUACCAACGGCGUCUCACUUGGCAGUAGAGAGAGCUCUUUUAGUGAUGAAUUAUCAAGUACCGUUGAGAGAGGCCGUAUGUACGCGACACUUGGUCCAAACUGGCGAGUCCCAAUCUGUAACUCUCCCAGAAGUAGAAGUUAUAUUUAUAGCACGCCAGGGGCCGUUUCCAGCUAUGAAUACAGUUCUCUGAGCAGUAUAUCCAUUGAAGGGCCCCUGCGAAGAAAGACACUGAUGAAGGAGGGUAAAAAACCCACUCUCUCAUCCUGGAAGCGCUACUGGAUUGUCCUGUCUGGCUCCAUUCUCAUCUAUUUUGGUUCUAAAGCACUAAGAGCAAAUGAGCGAAGACAUUAUAAAUCCAGGCCAUGUAAAAAGAUCACGCUCACAGGUUGGAUGGUGGUUCUGCCAGACAAUCUUGAACAUCCAAACAUUUUCCAGCUUACUGAUCCUGAAAGAGGUAAUGUUUACAAGUUCCAGACUGGAUCACGUUUCUCUGCGAUUAUCUGGCACCGACAUUUAGCCGAGGCGUGCAGGAGUACAAGACCACAGAUACCAGCAAACCUCAUGUCCUUUGAAUAGCUGUUUUUUUGGAAAUGGAAUACAAAUGAAUGGAGAAAGACAAUGCAGAAGAGUUUAUCCGAGGGGGGCGGCGUGUUUGACCUAACAUAGCUGGAAAUGUGGCAGCCGUGUCUUUUGAAAACGUCUGAAGUUCAUUCAGAGAUUGUAGACACAGCUGUACUGAGAGCAUGGUCUUGUUUUUUGAGAUUACUGGUAACACUUUACAAUAAUGUUCAGUUUGUUAAUGUGAGUUAAAGGGAUAGUUCACUCAGAAAUAAAACACUCCCCCUCAGGCCAUCCAAGAUGUACAGUAGAUCAGUUCGUUUCUUCAUCAGAACAGAUUUGGAGAAAUGUAUCAUUACAUUACUUGUUCAUCAGUGGAUCCUCUGUAAUUUAUGUGUGUCACUUCUGGCCAAAAUACCAGUCCAUAAUCCAUAAUAACACUUCCUUCCAUGAAAAAGUCCUUCCCAUGUUUAUAACAUUUUUUGCUUGUAAACAAUGCUUGAUCUGAGUGUAUUUCUCUUCUAAUUCAGAUUUAUUAACUGGAUAAAAGCAGUAUCAGAUAGAGGACUCAUAUUUUAGCUGGCAGCAAGUUUGAAGUUGGUUUGAAGUAAAUGAUGAAUUUGUUUAUUAAUGCAUUACUACAGCUUUUAUAACAUUUAGUAAGUUAUUGUUUCUUUAUAAAUAUACUACUGUUAAUCCUAUUCAUAUUUGUUAAUAAUACAUUAAUGUUAAUUUAUAGAAUGCUAUAUAACUGAUGUUAACAAUCUGAAGCCUUGUUGUUGGUUUUACCUGACAAACCUUAAGGUACACGUGAAAUAUGUUGUAAAUGACAUGUAUAAAAUAAUAUUGUCCAAUAGAUGUCUUCAUGUGAUUAAGUGCCAAAAUUAUGACUUUUGUUUUAUUAAAUCUUCUAGAAGUGCAUUCAGUUAAUGUUAGAUGUUAAGAGUGCA